GGAGGUGCAGCCGGGGUCGCAGGUGAGCUCUUCUGUGCCGGAGGAGGCAGCCCUGGAAGCGGUGUCUUCGCGUACGGAAUUAUCCAGCCCACCUCUGCUACUACUGUAGAUGAGCUCAGCAAUUUGAACUGUCAGCAAGGGAUUGUCCUUGGUUUUUGUGCUUUGCAGCAUUCCCCAAGUUCUUUUCACAUCUUCUCUUACUGUAAAAACUGCAUUUAAGUUAAAAAAAUGAAGCAGUUGAAAAGAAAGAGGAAAAGCAAUUUUAGCGUUCAAGAAACUCAGACCCUUUUGAAAGAAAUUACAAAGAGAAAAGAAGUCAUUUUUUCCAAGCAGCUCAAUACGACGAUUAACGUGAUGAAGCGAAUGGCUUGGGAGGAGAUCGCGCAGUGUGUGAAUGCCGUGGGAGAAGGAGAACAGAGGACGGGGACGGAGGUGAAGAGAAGGUACCUGGACUGGCGGGCACUUAUGAAGAGAAAGAGGAUGAAAGCCAACAUUAAGCUGGUUGGUUCGGGGUUUCCCCUUCCCACGUCCGACUUAGAUGACUCCCUCACCGAAGAGAUCGAUGAAAAGAUUGGAUUCCGCAACGAUGCAAAUUUUGACUGGCAAAAUGUGGCAGAUUUCAGGGAUGCAGGUGGAUCCUUAACAGAGGUUAAAGUGGAAGAAGAAGAAAGGGAUCCCCAGAGUCCUGAGUUUGAGAUUGAAGAGGAGGAAGAAAUGUUGUCAUCGGUCAUACCAGAUUCCAGGAGAGAAAACGAACUUCCUGAUUUCCCCCACAUUGACGAGUUCUUUACCCUUAACUCAACACCGUCUAGAUCUGCAUUUGAUGAGCCCCAUUUGCUUGUAAACAUAGAGAAACAGAAACUAGAGUUGGAAAAACGCCGACUGGAUAUUGAGGCUGAAAGAUUGCAGGUGGAAAAGGAACGCCUGCAGAUUGAGAAAGAGAGGCUGCGGCAUUUAGACAUGGAGCACGAGCGGCUGCAGCUGGAGAAGGAGCGGCUCCAGAUUGAAAGAGAGAAGCUGAGGUUACAGAUAGUCAGUUCCGAGAAACCGUCUUUGGAAAAUGAACUUGGUCAAGGAGAAAAGUCCCUACUUCCACCUCAGGACAUAGAAACAGAGAAGCUAAAGCUUGAGCGAGAACGCUUGCAACUGGAAAAAGAUAGGCUGCAGUUUUUGAAGUUUGAAUCAGAGAAGCUGCAGAUUGAAAAGGAACGCUUACAAGUAGAGAAAGAAAGACUUCGAAUUCAGAAGGAAGGACACUUGCAGUGAUUUUUCUAGGUCUCCAUUUAGUGAACGUUUGUAAACUGUAGGUUUUUCUCAUAUCAGGUGAUAUAAACAUGGUUGCUGGAUUA